CAGGACCAUAAGUUUGCUGCUUCUCAUGAAACCGUUGGCCCACCUAGUUAGGUAUGUCGCCUCUGGCACAGAUGCUGUCUGAUGCUUCUGAGGAAAACCGACACAUUGCCCUGGAGGACAGAUUUUUCUCUGGUCCCUGCAGCUAUCAAGUCCCUGCCCUGAGGCAGAAGGUUGAGAUUUCUCAGAGUGUUUUUGAGUCUCAUCUAAGAGGUGUCCAGGUAUCAAACUAUUAAUCACAAGAAAACUUGUCCUGUGAACCAACUUGUAAAAAAAGCCCCGAUGCCAUGGAGUAGGUAACUCUGCUCAUCUGGAGUUUUUCUUCCUUGGUUACACGCUGAUUUGCUAGUCUCUUUACCAAACUGUCAUUGUUCUUGCAUUAUGGUAGAGGCAGAAGGAAAAGCUGAUGGGAUCUCAAGGAAGCUUUAGGAUUGUUCAAAUUCACUUGACUCCCUCAGAGACAACAGAAAUGGAAAAGCCUCUUUUCAGUAGCACCAAGUGACAGGACAAGGGGCAAUGGGCACAAACUGCAACACAAGGAAGUUCCAUCUGAAUAUGAUGAAAAACUGUACUCUGAGGGUGACAGAGCAUGGGCACAGGCUGCCCAGGGAGGCUGUGGAGUCUCAGUCUCUGGAGACAUUCACAACCUGCCCGGAUGCGAUUCUGUGCAACCAGCUCUAGGAAAAUCUGCUUUAACAAGGGGUUGGACUGGGUGAUCCCCAGAGGUCCCUUCAGGCCCCCACCACUUUGGGAAAAGCAGUCUCAGGCAAGGUGCCUAUCUGGGGUACACCCUCUCAGCAAAGUGAGGAUACAGCCCCUGCAACCUGGCCACCCAAGCAUUAGACACCCUCCUCCUCUACUGGCUAUACAAGCCUAAACGCUGCAUUCUCACAUCAUCCAGAAGCUCUCCUGCUUAGAGGGGCUGUGAUUUACGAUGAUGAAUUAUUUAAUGUUGUAUUUGGUGCCAAGGUAGUGCUGUGGCGGAUACAUUAGCACAGCGCCGAGAUAGAUGGGAUCAGCUAGACAUUAAGUGGGUGGGGAGCAGUCCUACAACUUGCUUCUUCCUUCACUCAUUGCAGUUUAUAACUUGUCUUGUGUGUCAGAAUAUAUGGUCCUUUGCUGGUCUUCAUGAGCCAGUAUCGCUUUCUACACAUCCUCCUGUUUUCUGUACUGUCCUGCAUUCCUCGUGGAGGAAUCUGCUGGUUUGUUGCCAGGGGCCUCUCUCCUAAUGGCAUCUCUUCAAAGAUCAAUUUCAUUCAUCACAUCAGACUUGCAGGAUUAGAAUUGGACUUCCUGGCGCAAUUGUGACUUUCAGCCUGUGGCCUGCACAACUGGGGAGAAGAAUAUGGCUCUACAGGGCCUGAGAAAGGUAAUGACCAGAAGCCAGACUAUUGGUAAGAGGCUCCAGGGUCAGCUGCACCAUCACAAAAAUUUGGGGGCUGCAGACUGAGAGGCUAUGGAAAACCGUUGUAUUAAGCUCUCCCCAAAAACAGCUUUUAAAACCAGGCAACUUACAGAACCUACUUGUUUCUCCUGUAAGGCUGUCCUGGUGCUCAGCUUUCCCCGUUUCCCACUGACAGACAGGUGCACAGAGCACUGGAUGAUCCUGUGUCAGCUCUCCCUGUCACUGUGACUUGGUGUAACUGCCAGCUGGGAGCCUACAACCCCGUUAGCAUGAAGUCCAGUGCCAUCUAGUGCCUUCUGCUGUCUGCAACGGGGACUGGAGAUGGAAAGAGGGUCCAUAAACUCCUGUCACAGGGCUCAGCAACCUGAAAUGGGUGGAAGAGAGGAGGCGAGGCAUGCUGCCGGGCCCUGCGGCCAACGUGCAAAGCCACCCAAGGCCUGAUGUUACACAGUGCUGAGAAAUCAAAUCUUUAAAAAACGAGGCUUCUUUUAGAAAACAUGACUAGCUUUAAAAUAGGUUAGUCCUGACCUCUAGCUGCUUCUGUUCUAGCCAGUCCUGACCUCUAGCUGCUUCUCAAUCACCCAAACUUCAAGAAAUUCAAACAAAAGGUGUAUUCUUCUCUGUCCCUCCCAUUUCAGGAAACACUACACGCUUUCCUCAGCUUCUUUCUCCCUCUGCCGUUCACAGACACUGGAACGGAGCAGCCGCCCCAUGCUAGGUAGUGUGAAGUCAUGGCUAUCCUGUUCGCUGUUGUGGCGAGGGGCACAACCAUCCUUGCCAAACAUGCCUGGUGUGGAGGAAACUUCCUGGAGGUGACAGAGCAGAUCCUGGCAAAAAUACCAUCUGAAAACAACAAACUGACCUAUUCACAUGGGAAUUAUCUGUUUCAUUACAUCUGCCAAGACAGGAUUAUAUACCUCUGCAUCACAGAUGACGACUUUGAACGAUCCAGAGCCUUCAACUUCCUGAAUGAGAUCAAGAAGAGGUUCCAGACCACAUAUGGCUCAAGAGCACAGACAGCCCUUCCCUAUGCAAUGAACAGCGAGUUCUCAAGCGUCUUAGCUGCACAGCUGAAAUACCACUCGGAGAGCAAGGGCACUGACCAGGUGGCAGAGACGCAAGCUCAAAUCGAUGAACUUAAAGGAAUCAUGGUUCGAAACAUAGACCUUGUGGCACAAAGAGGAGAGAAGCUGGAGCUGCUGAUUGAUAAAACAGAGAAUCUUGUGGAUUCGUCAGUCACUUUCAAAACUACGAGCAGGAACCUUGCUAGAGCCAUGUGUAUGAAGAACCUCAAGCUAACCAUUGUCAUCAUCAUUGUAUCAAUUGUUAUCAUCUAUAUUAUUCUAUCAGCUGCCUGUGGUGGGCUUGCAUGGCCGAGCUGUGUGCAGAAGUAACUGGAGGCAGCUGGUGCUGGUCACUUGGAGAUGAGAAUCACAGGAGUGUGAAGAAGCAACCUACAGAAUUACUUGUAAUCUUUCACUACUGACACCUUCUCAUUCUUCCAUCCCUCCAGGACUUCGGACUUUUUUGCCUUAUCACCCCAAACAGGCCCAGCUGGUCACUGCUUCUGUGCAGCUGUAACCUCAAGAAUGGGCUGUUUUAAAUUACUUGAAGGGUUGUUGGGGUUUUUUUGUUUCUUUUUCUGUCCCAACUACAGCCUUCUCAGCUGGGUGGGCGGUACAUCCAGCUCUGGAGGGUUACGUGCAUACUCAUCCACGUGGCUUUGCACUUUCAUGUGAGCGUGCACGUGGAGAACAGUACUGCUAGCAACUGGCCUACCCGUAGGGGUGGUGUCAGAGGGUGGGGAGGGACACAGUGGGUGUAUGUGUGAAUUUCCACUUUCUACAAAUAUUGGAGAUCCAGGUGACUCUCCCCGCACGUCUGGCCUUGUGUGGUUCUGUAGGGCUUCAACACAUAGAGGUUGCAAGUGCAAUACUGGUAGUAACAAAAAGGAUGGCUUUUGGGCUAGAGCUUUAUGCACUGCGGGAUGUGGGUGCUGCCUCUGUAUGAAGUCUCCUGUUUCCUGGAGGCCUUUCUGCAUGUGGUAGGAGAGGGUGUUGGGUCACCUCAGCAUUUUGAAACGGCUGCCUCUUCAUCCUCACUUCUUCCUCAUCUCCCCCCGCUCCCCCCCCCCCCCCCCCCCCUUAAUUUGUGGCUAAAUCAAUACAGUAAAGGAGUUGGCUGCAUAUAGUUAAGGUUGCAGCAAUGUAUCUGCUUUCUCACAUGUUAUUUCUCCCGUUCUUCUUUUGAGGGUGGUCUAAAAUGAAUAGUAAUGGUAUCACUCGCUAAGGUGAAAUUUGGGGCCAAUCUGUUGAUCUGGCUUGAUAAGGUGUCAGGUCUCUGCUGCUUGUGCUUCUACUCUGAGGGUGUGCGCUAAAACCUGAGGGCAGAGAGGGGACAGAACGUUGGAGUUGACGGAUGGCUAAUUAAUUUAUGGUCUGAAGAAGAAAGGCUCUUUCAGAGGACGUAGUAACAUUGUCCUCUGAAAAGAAGAAGAAAACCAAACCCAAGGCUAAUAACCAAAUGUAGGACCAGGUGUGCCGAUGGUGGGCUGCUGUUGGAGGACAGGGACCGCUUGGCCUGCUGCUGGAAGCUGUGAGCGCUGUAUUUCUGUCCCAGCUGGACAUGUGGGUCAUCGGGCCAGUCCUGGCUGACGGGAGCCAAGGCUGGUGCUGCCUGGGGCGAGGGCUCUGGCGGCUUCUCUGUCUUCUUACGGGCUCGUUUCCAAGAGAAGAAACAGAAACAACUGAAAUCUCUUAAAAGCAUCGCGUGGCCUACAAAGGAAGCUGCAUCUUGUUGGCCCAGGGAAGCGGCUUCUGACGGUGGGUGGAAGCUGUCGAGGUGUGCGAAGGGGAGGCUUCGUUUGGGGACUGAACUUGAGCGCUUGGUUGGUGCCGUGGGCUCCCUGCGUGAGGCUUGCUGCCGGCGGGGCAGCGACGUGAAGCUGCUGCUCCUUCACGCGCUUUUCUUGGUGUAUGUGACACUGACCUCGGAGCUUGCCAGCAGGUGCCAGAUCAAGAGCUCUCCUAUAAACUUGUGUGCUUCUUGGGAUCUGUCCUCUGCUAGGCUGAAAUUUAAUUAAGGGUAAUCAGACCUUGAUAUCCAGAAAGUGUCAGCUGUUCUGAUCGGCAGCCAUGGGCACUGGCAUCUGUGUUGAUCACAUGUAAAGCUUAAAGAUUUCCUUCCUCUUGCCUCCGACUUCUGCAGCCACCCGCAGUUCAGUGUACAACUGUGCAUGUGUUAGGGAUUGUCGAUGUUAACUGUGUUCAUUUCUAUGAUUUGUUGUCUUAUGUACAAAUACUUUUUAAAGAAAAUACUUCCUUUCCUUUUAAAGGAUGCACUGAGGCAUUAGUGUAAAAACAAAGUUAACUUGAUUUAAAUAAAAUUACUGUACAGAAAGCGGA